AUCGUACCCUGACAAUCCUAGUGUCACCGAUGUAUCCUUUGCCGAGGAUGGAGAAGCACUCGACUUAUCCGUUAAGAAGACAACAUGGCGACAGGCCUUUGACCGCAUGAACGUGACAUUCGGUCACACCACUGAUGACCACAUCGUUCGUCGCCAUGCCGACUUUGCUAUGGUCCGGAGCAAGCGCCAGAACAGGGUUGCUAUUCCCCAGAACGUAUCAGAAGACGUCAACACUGCUCUCUUCGACUUGAGUUCCGAGAUAGUCGACAAGACUUUUGCCUCUGAAGAUUUCCUUGAAAUCCUUGGAGCUGCAGUUCCCCUUCCUGAAUUGCCCAUCGCCGUUCCCAUUGAGAUUGGCUGCAAGCGAUGUGCUACCACUGGACAGUUGGCACUCAACCAGGGUGCUUUCAACAUUGACCUAUCGCAAAUCGACCUGAUCCCCGACAUCUUUCAGGGAGGUGACGACGGAAAAGAGAUCGCGAGCGUUAUCUCGGGCGGUUUUGUGGAGCUUGUAGCUACUGGCGUGGGUGCGCGAUUGGAUCUGUUUGCGCGACCAUCUGCCAACGGCGAGUUCGAAAUUGCUCUAAUUCAACUCCCUAUCGCUGGAUUUGUCAUUCCCGGAAUCGGAAAUGCAGGUGCUGUCUUCGAACCCAGAAUCGCGUUUGAAUUCGAAGUCAGCGGCGGGCUUGAGGUCAACUACGGACUCGAACUCAAUGUGCCUGACAACUCUAGGCUUCGCAUCGAGCUCACCGACCUCGGUAGCAGCAGUCUUGUUGGUUUCCAGGACACCACUCUUACUCCCCUGCCCGUCACUGUCAACAUUACAGACGUUGAUGUCACCCUUGGUCUUGCCUUCAAGCCCGCCAUCCCAGUUGGUUUCGACUUCCUCGGCCAGUUAUCAGCGGAGGUCACUGCUACUUUGGACCUACCUCGCCUGGAUGCAAAGCUCUCGACCAACAUUGCUGAGAACUGUGGUAGUGGCGACAGCGCCACUGAUCCAUCUGCACCAGAUGCAAACAGCACGACGCAGUUGUCUCCUGAUCUUAUUCGGCUGGGUCCUAUCGCCUUGGUUGAAGCCAACGUCUCCAUUUCCUGCGAUCUCAGCUUUGACGUCUCGAUUCCCAUCCUGCCACCACCCUUCAACGCCGUCGGGGUUGCACAAAACAUUUUCAAGGCGGAAUUCCCUCUCGUCUCGGAAUGCAAGUCGCCAGAGACUGCUUUCGAUGAUGCAUCGGGUAUUGUCGUUCCUGCGCCCCCGGUUGUUGCGCCCCCGACUGUGAGCGAAUACAUCACCUCGGAGGCUCCGGCGAAUGCUACGGAUGUGCCAGUCCACACAGCCCCAGUGGUGAAUUACACGAUCUCUUCGACGGUAUCCAUGCCUGCUGCUACCGCUCUAAGCAGUGUAGUCUACACGGCUCCUGCAUAUACAGCUGCUCCUGAUGAUUCAGCCAGUACAAGCUGUUCAACUACCCCAAGCUAUACAGCUUCCCCAGACUUACACUAGCGCUAGUUACCCAGUGCCUUCGGAACCGGCUUCGACCACCAUAAUGGCCAGCAGCAGCAGCAGCAGCGCUGCGCUCGCAAGCUCUUACGUCAAUUCCAACUCGACGGCGAUGAUCAACUAUCCCAU